UGUGUGUAUAAGACCGUACGCUGUUGCUUAGUGUGCGGGAAGGCGGCCGGACGCGGACGCGUUAUGAUGGUAUACCAGUUCGUGGUGGUCCGCUACGAGACCGUAUCGGGAACCGGGUGAUCGCGGUCAUCAGGAGACCCGCCGCCGAGUCCAAGCCAACAGCCUAGGACCCAGAGGAGAGGCGAAAAAAAUUUAUUAAAUAAUAGUACUAAGUACGUCCAGUGUACUUAGAAAUGUGACCGCGGGCGAACGAGACCAACGUGCGUUAUAAGCAUCGGGUUGUGCUAUGCUAGCCGCCCAUUACGUUCUGCUCCUGUUGGCGGCCGGAUCGUUUAUCACUGCAUCGGUUUUCGCUGUACCCCAACAAGAUGAAGUCGCAGAAAAAAAAUUCGGUGACAAAUGCGAAGUCAACGAGGACUGCAAUUUCAAUGGGUCUAUGUGCACGAUGGACAGAAGCAAUAGGAAAGCCACGUGUCAGUGUCGUCCGGAGUUCGCGGUCACAAAUCACAUAAACAAAUGCGGACACAAAGCAGCCAUAAACCAACCUUGUUUUUUCAACGAGCAAUGCGAGGCCAGUGUGUUUCAAACGGAGUGCAGGGACGACUUGUGCGCUUGUAGGUUUGAGAGAACGCCAGUGUUGAACUCUGACGGAAUAACCGAGUGCAUUGCCAAAAAUGAUUCCGGUUCAGAACCGUACACCGAUCCUGCCAUGCUGUGCGUGUUGGCCGGAAUGUGUUUGAUGUUCAUCAUCAUAUGCGUUGUGCUCAGAUUGUUCAGCAAGGCUCGCUGGAGGGAAAACCGCACGAUAUUCAACACGCCCAACCCGAGAUUAAUGAACGUAUCUUUACUGAGAGAUAACAAACCACCACCAGGAGCGGCCGGCGAACGUAGAGGUAGCAAAUCCAGUACAAAGACCCAUACCCCUUCGAGACAACCAAGCAUGGCCUCGUUGAAGCCCCAUUCGCCUUCUUUAGGUCGUGGAGUCCGAGGCAACAUCAACGGUUCAGAAAGCGUUAGGUCCCCUACGACCAAAACGCCGGCCAUGACGCUACCCCAAGCAGCAACAGAACCCAAGACGUCCGCAGUGGUCGACAUUCAACCAACUGUGUGAAGUGCAAGUCCGCAACCCCUGAACAAAAGCCAUAAAAUUGCUAUUAUUUUACUAUAUUAACUGCAACAUCAAUUGUUUUGCAUACAAAGCUGGACGCUAUUUGUUCAUCGGGGUCAAAAUAUUGCAUUGUAUUAUUGUACUUUUGAAUCUUUAUCCAAAUGGACUCGUUUGCUUUUGGGACCACUUAAUCGAGCAAGAUACAUACAUCAUAAUAUACAGCUAUCGUUCUUAUGCGUUUAUAUUUAUAAUAAUAUGUAUUUUAAUUUUUCUUAUUUUAACAUAGUAGACAUUUUUAUUAGUAUCCACGAAUACACAUUCUAUACAAUAUUAUAAUAUACACAUAUAUAAAAUUAUAACAUUUUAAAAUUAUAUUAAGUAUAAUAUAGACAAGCUUGUCAGUAGUCUAUAUAUCUAUUAUAAUGAUUCGUUCUGUGGAACGCUUGAUAAUAUCUUUUUGUUAAUUAUUGCCACCACCUUAAUGGUGUAUCAUAUAAGUUAUAACUAUAUAAUAUAGCUACAAUUUUUUACAUUAUUCGAUUAUUUUUCAACAUUUUUAGUAAUUACAAUAACAUAUUUUCAAAUAUUUUAACCAUACUCACGAGAUUUUAUUACAUUUUAUUACUUAUACUAUCAAUUAAACCCCCUCGUUUCAAAUACUAAUAUGCUAUAAUUUAUAAUUAUACAUCCAUGUUAUAAUACAUUAUAAAACUAAUAUUAAACAACUUAUCAUCCAUCAAUUAACAAUUUGUAAAUGUAUAGACUUAAAAUUAAGGGAUUUUUUUUUCUUGUUUAGUAUAAUAUUAUAUUAAUACCUUAGCGAUUUGUACAUUUUUUGAACGUAAAUUACACUUAGUUAUUAAUAUUAAUUAUUAUCAUUUAGAUGCGAGCUGCAAGCAAGCGAGUUGGAUUUUUUUCUUAUUUUAAAAUAAUAAUAAUUGUACAUUUUUCAUACUCGUAUACACAUUUACAAAGCGUAUAUACGUGUAUACUUAAUAUUAUUAAAAACUUAGAUCGUAAAUAAUAAAUUGAUAUUAUUAGAUUAAUAGUAAUGAAUUUAGUUUUAAGUUAAGUCUGUUUGCGUUAGCGCAAGUGAAAGACGAUUUGGACUAAACAUUGUUUUUAACCGGUCUCGGGGGUCUUAGGUGGGUCGGGACUUGAAAAAACAGAGGGAAGGUUUUCUCUAGUCUAUUAACGCCCAAGAACCCGUGAGCGGCAAAUAAAAACAACGUCUUUUGCUCAUCGCCUUUCCAACAAUUCUACUAAUAAGUUUUUGAUCUUUUUUUAAAUAUUAAUCGUCAGCAAUAAUGUUUUAUAAUACAUUGUGUGUACUCUAUACAUUAACCUUAGAUGCAGUGAAUUUUGUCUUUAAAAUCUAUUACUAUAACGACCGCAUAAAUUAUGCUCAAUACAUUAUAUUAUAUUAUUAUAACAUUAUGUAGACUUAGAAUGAGCGUGCAUGAAAAUUUAAUUUUUUCUAAAUUUUUGUCAUUUUGUUCCAUAUUAAAAUGUAAAACGGAUCCUAUUCAAUAACGAUUCUUAACAUGUUUUA